AUGGAUCCUAAUCCUUCCGUGUCCCGCUCCCUGGACCUGACCGUCCUGGGGCUCAAUAGUGGCACUUCGAUGGAUGGAAUCGACUGUGCUCUGUGUCAUUUCCAACAAGAAACGCCGGAUUCACCCAUGAGGUUUGAGCUCCUCAAGUACGGUGAAAUCCCCCUAGAGCAAACAAUCAAGAAACGGGUCAUGAAUAUUAUCCUGCAUAACAAAACAUCUCCUUCCGAGCUAUCUGAGGUGAAUGUCAUUCUCGGUGAGACAUUUGCCGCGGCCGUUAAGGAGUUCUGCGGGCAGUACGAUGUUGACAUUUCGUCUAUCGAUGUUAUUGGCUCCCACGGUCAAACCAUCUGGCUUCUGUCUAUGCCCGAGGAGGGUGAGGUACGCAGUGCUCUCACCAUGGCUGAGGGCUCAUUUAUUGCCUCCCGCACGGGAAUCACUACCGUGACCGACUUCCGGGUCAGCGACCAAGCAGCGGGUCGCCAGGGAGCACCACUCAUUGCUUUCUUUGAUGCCUUGCUCCUGCACCAUCCGACAAAGUUGCGUGCCUGCCAAAACAUUGGCGGAAUUGCCAAUGUCUGUUUUAUCCCGCCUGACUCCCUGGGGGGCACUGAUGCCUGCUAUGAUUUCGAUACAGGCCCAGGGAAUGUCUUUAUCGAUGCCGUUGUCCGACACUACACCAACGGCCAGCAGGAGUAUGACAAGGACGGCGAGAUGGGCGCUCGCGGCACAGUGGAUCAGGAUCUGGUAGAUGAAUUUCUACAAACUCAUCCAUACUUUCGGUUGGACCCACCGAAAACCACUGGCCGCGAGGUUUUCCGAGAUACUCUAGCAUUUGAUCUCAUUCGCAAGGCGGAAUCCAAAGGUCUUAGUCCAGAUGAUGUCGUUGCUACUGUCACUCGCAUCACCGCGCAGGCCAUCGUCGAUCAUUACCGUCGCUAUGCCCCCAAGGACCUCCCGAUCGAUGAAAUCUUUAUGUGCGGAGGCGGUUCUUAUAAUCCCAAUAUCACGCGAUAUAUACAAGCACAUUACCCUGACACGAAGAUCCUCAUGCUGGACCAAGCCGGUAUCCCAGCUUCCGCCAAGGAAGCUAUCACCUUCGCAUGGCAGGGCAUGGAAGCAGUCGUGGGCCGUUCUAUUCCUGUGCCCACCCGCGUGGAGACUCGGCAGCCAUAUGUCUUGGGAAAGAUAUCGCCAGGCAAGAAUUAUCGUAAGGUGAUGCAGCAAGGUAUGCAAUUCGGAGGAGACAAGCACCACCUGGCUGCAGUAACUGAGUUGGUUAAUUAUGUGAACGGGAAGGAGUUCAACAACAAAUGGUAA